AAAUUGAAAAGCAAAACGAAACAAAAAAAAAAAAAACGAAUUGGUGUCGGCACGCCACGAAAAUACAAAACAUCACAACACAGCAACUGCAACAACAACAACAAAAAAAGACAACGUUUUGCAAAGUUCAACAUCAACGCAGCCACACACAACAGUAACAACAAAAUUGUUAUUGUAAAAACAAAAGCACGUACAAGAGAAAAUUUUGCGUUUACCGCCUUCGCGUGCGUGAAAAGCCGGAAAAUUGUGUCUAGUUGCGAUUGGAAAGAGGCGUUGGCGUUUGUUGUCACUGCUGCUGGCCCCUCCACUUCCCGUACGGCAGUCAUCGUCUGCGUCUUCGUUUUCUUCGUUGUCGAGCUCACAUUUACACAUUUCUUAUAUUUAUUGUAAUUUAUGCAAAAAAGCAAAGCCAGCAAAUUGAAGCGACGCGCGCGUGUGUCUCGCAUCCCAAUCCCAUCAUCAUCCAACAAGCAGCGACAUCAGCAGCAGCAUUAGCAGCAUCCAGAACUCCAAAGCAGCUGAGUCGCUCAGUUUUGUGUUUGAAAAGUGUUUCUGUGUGUGAGUGUGUGUGUAACUUUGACCGCAUUUCGUCGCGCCUCGCUUGCUUAUCAACAAUAAUAGCAACAGCAACACGAAAAUUGCCAGCCGCCUUAUCAGUCACUUUUGAUUGCUGCGAAAAAAUUCCGAAUGCCGCAUUAAAAUAAAAUUGAUCCGCACACUCGUUCCCAUUGUACGGAAAGACUAAACAACAACAACAACAACUAAGGCAGCAACAACAACUGCAUCAAGUUAUUGAUACAGGUAAACAUAUAAGGGCUCUUUUAACCAUUAUAAUACUUGAAUGAAAUUGUCAACUCUUUGGUGGAAGGCUAAAGGGCACAAUCUGCUUAACUAGUGAGAGUAACAGAAAACUCGACAGCACAGCCAAUCAACCAAAAACUUGGCAACUUGACAACUUGAAAGACAAUUUUCAAGAAGAAAAUUAAAAGCGUGAACCUAAAUGAAGCCUGUGUCUGUAACCGUGCCAUUAUAUACCGCAACGCUGGAGCUUAGACGACGGCCAGAAAUUAGCCAGCCUACUACUACUGCCAGAGAUUUUAUCGUCUAAGGACACGUGCACUUAUGAUAGCAGCCAUUACUCAAGAGCGGAAGUAAUUGGCGGACCCAGACAUAUAAAGUAUAAUUCAGUAGCAAAUUGAUAGGCGAAGGGUCCAAGCAAAAACACAAACACAAAAACCCCAUUAAGCACUAUCAACAAUAAUUGCAAGCAGGAGGCAAAAGGGUUUUUUCGAGAGCGCAAAAGGAUUCAUUAAAAAACCGCCAACCUGGAACUAAUGGAAUUAGAGAAUAUUGUGGCCAAUACGGUCUACUUGAAAGCUAGAGAAGGUGGUUCGGACAGCAACAAGGGAAAGAGUAAGAAAUGGCGCAAAAUACUACAAUUUCCACACAUAUCGCAGUGCAUCCACCUGAAAGACAAAUUAGAUAUAAGCUAUGGCUACGUGAUAGAUCAACAGCCAAUUGGACGUGAGCUCUUUAGGCAAUUUUGCGAGAACAAGCGGCCCGUUUACUUUCGCUACAUUAGCUUUCUGGAGGAGGUGGUUAAAUAUGAAAUCGAAUCGAAUCGCGUAUGCACGGGGCAUUGUAUUGGACAUCGUUUUCUGGGCAUCGAAUCGCAGCUGGAGUUGCGCAAUGGCGGCGGAGGGGGUGGUGAUGCGCUGGGCCAGGAUAUGCAGGAGGAACUGCUGCUGAAUAGCAGCAAUGCCAAUAUUGUUGCCAAUCCAGCCAUAGCCACAGCAACAACAACAACAACCACUGAAACAGCAGAGACUGAACAUUGCAACAAUACCACCGCCAACCACUGCAACAACAUCAGCAACACCAACACCAACAGCCAUCACAGGAAGCUUGAGAGCGAUACGCGCAACCACAAUGGCGAAGACGCGGCCCAUAAUGGCGACGGAGCCGAAAACGGUGGCGAACCGCCGAGCACCAAUGGUGGAAACAUGGAUGCUGACAAGGGUGGCGGUAGCGAGCCAACUGGUGGUGGCGGUGGUGGUGGUGGUGGCGGCAGCGGUGGUACAAGUGGCUGCGAUGACAAGCCAACACUUAACAACGGCGAUGAGCUGGUGCUCGAUGUCCUGAACGAUGAUCUCAUUGCGCAGGUGCGUAACAAACUCAACAGCGGCGGCAAGGAUCUCUUCACUCAGUGUGAGACGGCAGUGAAGGCGUUUCUGGCCGGCGAACCUUUUCGCGAGUUCGAGAACUCCAUGUACUUUCAUCGCUACUUGCAAUGGAAGUGGCUGGAGGCUCAGCCCAUAACCUAUAAAACGUUUCGCAUGUACCGUGUGCUGGGAAAGGGAGGAUUCGGCGAGGUUUGCGCCUGUCAGGUUCGGGCCACUGGCAAAAUGUACGCGUGCAAAAAGCUGGAGAAGAAACGGAUUAAAAAACGCAAGGGCGAGUCCAUGGUGCUCAUCGAGAAGCAAAUACUGCAAAAAAUCAACUCGCGUUUCGUUGUCAACCUGGCCUACGCAUAUGAGACAAAGGACGCGCUGUGCCUCGUCCUCACCAUAAUGAACGGCGGCGAUUUGAAAUUCCACAUCUAUAAUAUGGGCGGCGAGCCCGGCUUUGAGCUGGAACGUGCUCGUUUCUAUGCCGCCGAAGUGGCUUGUGGGCUACAGCAUCUGCACCAACAGGGCAUUGUCUAUCGGGACUGCAAGCCCGAAAAUAUUCUACUCGACGACCAUGGGCAUGUGCGUAUAUCGGAUCUGGGCCUAGCUGUCGAAAUACCCGAGGGGGAAAUGGUGCGCGGACGUGUUGGGACUGUGGGUUAUAUGGCACCCGAGGUCAUAGACAAUGACAAAUAUGCCUUCUCGCCAGAUUGGUUCAGUUUUGGAUGUUUGCUAUACGAAAUGAUCGAGGGACAGGCGCCGUUUCGCAUGCGCAAGGAGAAGGUCAAACGCGAGGAGGUGGAUCGGCGUGUCAAGGAGGACGCCGAAAAGUAUUCAAGCAAGUUUAGUGAUGAAGCCAAAUCCAUGUGCCAACAGCUAUUAGCUAAAUCGAUAAAGCAACGUUUGGGCUGUCGAACCGGCCGGAUGGGCGCGCUUGAUGUGAUGGCGCAUCCGUUUUUCCACUCCACACAAUUGAACUGGCGACGCUUGGAGGCGGGCAUGCUGGAGCCACCGUUUGUGCCAGACCCACACGCUGUUUAUGCCAAAGAUGUUCUCGAUAUUGAACAAUUCUCGACGGUCAAGGGCGUCAAUAUCGAUGAAUCAGAUACGAACUUCUAUACGAAAUUCAAUACGGGCUCUGUAUCCAUAUCGUGGCAGAACGAGAUGAUGGAAACGGACUGUUUCCGUGAAUUGAAUGUCUUUGGGACUGAGGAGUGUCCGACGCCAGAUUUGGUCAUCAAUGCAACGCCGGUGCCGGACAAGGCCGGCUGCUUUCCAUUCAGACGCAAGAAGAAGCAGCCUGCUCGCACACAGCCCAUACCCAUUCCUGAACAUCUGUUAACCACUAGUCACAGCGUGUCCUCCACAACGGUCGAGAGCUGAUAGCAUAAUUUAGUUUCAAGCAACUAGACGCACACACUCCCCCACACACCCACACCCCCACACCAACACACACACACCCACACACCCACACACCCACAGCCAUACUCUAGCACAACAACAAACUAAGGACUCUACAGAGGCACAACACUUGUUCGUCAACGCUUCCGUCAGUUGGUCUGGAACCUUGUAGACUCCGCUCUAUCCACUUAAGAGUUGUAAACUAAGCACAACUACUAUAUGAAAAAAACAAAAACAAAAUGACGCGCAAAUAAUUUGUAAGCGUAUUUUUUACACACAAUUUUCUUACAAAUAUUGUAUUGAACGUGGCAUGAAUAUUUAUAUGCAGAUAAACAUAUUUAUAAUUGUUUCCAAAAGACUCAAAAACACACAAACACACUCACACAUACACACCCUCGAGUCACACACUCGAGCUAUGCACAACUUAGAGCGUUACUUAAAUUGAUAAAUAUGAUACUACAAUGAAAUUAACUGCUUAAAACAAACUCGCUAUGGAAUCGCAUGCCAAAUCGGUCAGUUAGCACUCACACACAUGAAAUAAUGUUACUUAAAACAAGAAGAAAACACAAAACUAAAAAAAAAGCAAAAAAUUUACCUACUUAUUAUACUUACACAUAAGUGAAAAUCUAAAUGUAACAACUAGACACCCUAAACAUUUUGAAUUGAAGAGAGCGUAGAAAGCUUAAAAGCCAAUGCCAUAGCGCUGCACGGUAAGUUUUGUAAAGUAGAAGAAGAAAGCUUGGAAAAUAAUCAUUUUAAUUUGCAUUUCGAUGCGGUUAGGAAUCGAACGCGUACGCAUACGUACACACUUAUAUGUAUGUAUGUCGCGCCUUUAAUGAAUACUCGAAAACUUGAAUGCAUUUUUACAAAAUACUUAACAUAAAAUGUCAACAAACAUUAUGCAAAACGUUUAGUUUAAUUUAUGUUUAAAUGCCGCAUGCUUUUCAUUCGCUCUAAUUUGUUGUAGUAGUGCCUCAAACUAAUUUUGAUUACAGAUAACAGGAAACCUUUUGUUGUCUAUGUUUAUAAGUUGGCUGCAUUUUCACAUUAUGUUUUAAAGAACGUGAUUACUGAUAUUUGUUUUAUAUUUAGUACAUACGUACAUGCGAUUGUAUAAUAUACAUACAUACAUAUGUAUAUAUCUAUAUUUGAAUAUAUAUCUUGCAAUAAUAUUCAAAUUGCAGCAUACUUUGCUAACUAAUAUGCUAAAAAAUGGCAAAAAAUGUCAGCUAGUCUCUAAGUUUUGUGUAAACAAUGUAGCGUAGGCAUUUUUUGUAAUUAGCAGCAACAACUAAUUGGGGAAUUUAUUAAGUUAAAUGUGAAAUCAAGUUAAACGAAAAUAAUAAAAAGAAUUUGUAAAUUGUUGGCAAUUUGUAUUUUGCCGCUGCAAUCUUUAGUUACAAUUUAAUUGAUUUGACGUAAUUACUAAUUAGGCACUAAUAGCAAAUUAUAUGGCAUUCAACAAUUAUCAAUAAAAAUAAAUAAAUGAAAAACAAAAACUAAAGCACAAUACAAUGUACGACGCAUAAGCCCAAAAAACGCCACCAAUCCGUAAAAGAUACAUUUUAGCACAAAAUCGCAGCAAGCGCCCGAAAUAUUUAUCUAUAGUAAUUAAAUGCAUAUUUAUAAAAAUAUAAAUAAAUACCAGUUAUGCAGAAAAGAAUCUAAUUUGUAAGAAAGUAAAAAGUUGCAUAACACAAAUAAUAAACCAGAGAAAGAACAUUACACAACA